ACUCUGGACCUGGACUGUCAAGAGUCAAGUGAGCAAAAUCCUCUGAGGUUUAUCACUAAUGGCUUGAGCCCGGAAAAUGAAACGUCAGUGUUACAGAUCACUAAAAUCGCUUCUGUGAUUUAUUUUAAACAACAAUUUCUUCUGGCGUGUGAACUGACUUGUGGACUGUCGCAAUGGAUGCUUUACGAGAAAGGGUCCAAGAGUGGUGCAAAAAUGCCUGUCCGUGCUUCAAAGAAAAAGCUUCCAACACUGCGACAAACGAUCUUAAAAAGGACAUCGUGAUAAUUAAUCAACAUACUGAUAUUUCUGCUCGGUCAUUGCCUCCUUUGCCUACCGAGACACCACUGUACGUUUAUAUAGCUCUAUACGACUACACCGCUCGCACUGAGGAGGACUUAACUUUCCGGGCAGGGGACAAGUUGGAAGCUUUAAAUAAAACUGGGGAUGAGUGGUGGUACGCUAGAGCUCUUACUGGAAUAUCGGCCAACAAGAAGGGUUACAUUCCUGCUAAUUAUGUUGCUCUCGAAGAAAGCGUCGACGCUGAGCCAUGGUAUUUUGCAGACACAAAAAGACUGGAUGCAGAGAAGUGUCUGUUGUCUGGACAGAAUCAGCACGGGGCUUUUCUCAUCAGGCAGUGUGAGAGUCAGAAAGGAGAGCUCUCACUUUCAGUGUUGGACAAUGACCAAGUGAAACACUACAAAAUUCGUAAACUGGACGGUGGUGGUUACUAUGUGUCAAGGACCAGGAGUUUCCUUACUCUGCGAGAACUUGUGGAUCACUACUCAAACUAUGACGAUGGUCUUUGUGUUCGUCUUGGGAAGCCAUGCAGGAAGAUAGAGACACCACAGACCUAUGGCUUGUCCUAUAACACAGUGGAUCACUGGGAGAUUGACCGCGCCUCUGUGCAUUUAAUCAGGAAGCUGGGUGCUGGGCAGUUUGGAGAGGUGUAUGAGGGAUUAUGGAAUGAUACCACGCAAGUUGCAGUGAAGACCCUGAAGCCAGGUUCCAUGGAUCCUGAGGACUUCCUGCGAGAGGCUCAAAUCAUGAAGAGGUUGCGACACCCUAAACUGAUCCAGCUUUAUGCUGUCUGUACUGUGGAAGAACCUGUCUACAUCAUCACUGAACUGAUGACGAAUGGCAGUCUGCUGGGUUACCUGCAGAAGGAUAAAGGAGCAAACCUGAAGCAUACAGAUCUGAUUGAAGUGGGUGCUCAGGUUGCUGCUGGGAUGGCAUAUCUGGAGCAACAGAAUUAUAUCCAUAGGGAUUUGGCUGCAAGGAAUGUCCUGGUUGGAGAGAAUAAUAUUUGUAAAGUGGCUGACUUUGGUCUGGCACGAGUAUUUAUGAUGGACAAUGACGAUAGUAUGGAUGGGGAGAAUAUCUAUGAAGCCAAGGAGGGGACCAAAUUCCCUGUCAAGUGGACUGCGCUUGAAGCCCUGCAUGCAAACAAGUUCAGUAUCAAGUCUGACGUAUGGUCAUUUGGUAUUCUGCUGUAUGAGAUAAUGACCUACGGACAGAUGCCUUACCCAGACAUGACCAACUAUCAGGUGGUAGAGAAACUACCCACAGGCUACAGGAUGCCCUGCCCACCCGCAUGCCCCAAACGGUUGUAUGAUGUCAUGCUGGAAUGUUGGAAGGAGAACCCAGCAGACAGACCCACUUUUGAAACACUACAGUGGAAACUGGAGGACUUUUUUGAUAUGGACGUGUCCUCUUACGAUGAUGCCAAUCGCUACUAUUGAAGCUCAACACAUGCUGUUAACAUGCCUUUCAGUUGGAAGUGGAAAUU